UUACACACACAUAUAUAGGGCAUGAGGAGAGAGUAUUUAUUUUACUUUAUUUUAUUUGGCUAAUAUGCUAAUGGAUUGGUGGACUAAAAUGCAUUGGUUGGUUAUUAAAUAAAAGGUAAAAGAAGUGGGCCAAUCUACUAUUUGGACUUACGGAGGGAGUAAUAAAUUUGUUAGGUAGGUAGGUAUUAAUGAUGAAGAUAAAGGAAAGUCACAGUUAGUUAGUGCAUGUACUUAUUAUUAAGUUGUAAACAUAUUAAUUAGUGGAAGUACAGAGGGAUAAUUUCCACUCAAUGUUUCCUUUUCAACAAGUCAAUGAUAAUGAUAACCACCAGCUCCUUUAUCUGCCAACAAACACCAAUUCUUCUUCUUUUCUAAAUUAUCAAGACACCACCCAUGUCCAAGAUCUUAUUACGGAUCUUGCUCCAUUCGAUUCAUUAUUGGAAGUGGACACAAAUUACUUUAACUUGAACAACACCAGAAAUAUCAAGAGGAAGAGCAAAAACAUUCCAAAAAGAAUUCUAGGAACUCAACUGUGCAAAUUUUAAUCGUUCAGAGGCUCUACGCAAAGGGAAGACAUUAGUUUGAUUGUUCGUGGCACUCGUUCGGCAUUGAGAGUACGAUCCAGGUUCCAGUUCUACACCCCGUGGCUGAUACGCGAGGGUGACAUCUUCAGUCAUUCAGGAUGGUGAGGACGCGAUCAACCGCUACUGGAGGCCAGGAGUCUGUACCUGCACCUGCACCUACACCCGCACCUGCAUCCAUACCCGUUGCCCGAGCAGCUGUCCGUGGGCGAGGUAGAGGACGAGGCAGGGGCAGAGGCCGUGCAGCUAAUCCAAAUAGGAACCAAGCACCAGCACCUGCUCAGGACCCUGACAGAGAUUUAACUCGGGAGCUUAACGACAUUCCGGGAGAGGAGAUUAGGGUUGCUGAGGCACAACUUGGGGUCGCAGCUACUCUUGAUUUUCAGGAGUCUGUGCUUCGAGUGUUGGGGUACUUUGACAGUUUGGCUCAGGUGGGCAUGAUUCCAGUUGCUCCAGAUGGCUCGCAGCCUAAAGUGGGAGGUCAUACUCCCGAUGCUACGGUUGCUCCAGGAUUUCGGACAUCGAGGGUAUUGCCGGCUGCAGCAGUGGCUCCCCAUAUUGAUGCCGCUCCAGCGCCUGAUUUUGCUCCAAGGCCUAUGGAUGGGCCAGUGUUGACCAGCGAGGAGCGAAAAUUGUUCGAGGGAUUUACCAAAAUGUCUCCUCCUUGGUUCUAUGGCACUCCCAGGGAGGAUGCGUAUGAGUUUAUCGUUAGCUGCCAUGAGAUGCUUCAUAAGUUGGGUGUAGUGGAGUCUCACGGGGUCGAUUAUGUUUCUUUCCAGUUAGUUGGGGAUGCCAAGCAGUGGUGGAGAUCGUACAUGGAGUGUCGACCAGUUGGCUUGCAACCUUUGACCUGGACCCAGUUCUACCAGGUGUUUCUGGAGAAGUAUGUCCCUCGUACUCUGAGAGACAAUAGGAAGGAUGAGUUUUCAACAUUGGAGCAACGGGGAAGGUCGGUUGCGGAGUAUGAGACCAGAUUUCUCGCUUUGUCCCGUUAUGCGACAGCAUUACUUCCCACAGAGGCUGAGAGAGUGAGGAGAUUUGUGAAGGGUUUGGACCUUCCGCUUCGGCUGGUGACCUUACAGUUAGAGGCCUCUGGGGCCUUAUUUCAGUCAGUAGUAGAGCAUGCCAGGAGGGUUGUGUCAGAGAUGGGUCGGGCACAUAGUGGGGGUGGCGACAAGAAAGCUCGUGGAUUUGAUAGUUUCAGAGGUCCUAUUAGAGGUGGGGGACGCCAUGACAGGGUUCGUCAUCAUCCCUCAGCCGCCCCAUCCAGUCAUCACUACAGGCUUUAGCAGGUGGUUCUUCAGGUUAUAGCGGGCAUAAUUCUGAGCAGACUUCCCGAGGUUCUUACUCUCGACCUUCAGACCGCGGAGGGUAUUCUGGUUUUUCUACGACAGUUCAGCAGCCUACGGCCAGAGGAGCAUGUUUUGAGUGUGGUGAGACAGGGCAUUUCGCGAGAGAGUGUCCUAGAUCCAGGCAAGGUUCUAGAGUUUAGAU